UGCACACAGCCUGACAGAGGAAACAGGAGUCGAGGAGAGCCUGGGGCUGGGCUGCAGAGGUAGUGGAGCCCGUCUCCAGGAGAGACAGAUACACACGUACAAACACACGCGCACACCCACCCAGCUGUGCGCACACAGUGAGCACCCAGGUUGGAGACCCGGGAAGAUGGUGCUCUGCCUGGACCAGGGCCACGAGGAGAGCCGGGCACCAAGUGGUCCCCACACCAUCCGCCUGUGUUACUUCACACACAUGCGAUUCAGCAAUGGGUGAACACAGAAACCUCUGGUGUUCUCGUUUUCCAGUUUUGGUUCCCUUUGCAGAGGAGAACAUUUUUAGAGGAAGUGCUGCCUUACAGUAAGGCUGCCCCUGAGGCUGGGACAGGGGCCCAGCCCUCUGGGCAGCUGAGACGUCUGGUGGUACUAACCACCCACAACACACCCAAGAGUAAGACGUAAUCCAUGGAAGCACUUCCCACAAGUAAGACCGCAGGACGAACACGUUCUCCAAAGAGGGCUUGGCCUCAGGGGCAGCUCCUGGCAGACGUGGCACCGGGAGGGCCUCUGAAGAAGGGCGGUUUUGGGGAUGCGGAGGUGGAGGAAACGGCACAGGCAGAACCGCGGCGGUGGAGCCACCAGCCAGUUACCGAGUUUGGCUGCGGCAGAGCGUGUGGAGAAAAGGGAAAACGUGUGCGGGGCUUCCCACGCCAGGGGAUGUGUUACCUAGCAACAGCAGCCUCCUGGUCCUCAGCUGCCAUCUGUUCCACGGGUGGUGUGGAUCAAAGGGGUCAUCCAUUCGACAGCUUCGUGCAAACCUUUACACUUCCCCAAGUGUUCAGUUUUUAAAUCACGGGAUGGGCAUCCCCUCCAUCGCCAUCAUGCUGCACGAGCUCAUCAAGCUGCUGUACCACGCCCGGUGCUCCGACGUCACCCUCAUCCGCAUCGGCACCUCUGGCGGGAUAGGUCUGGAGCCCGGCUCCGUGGUCAUCACCCGGCAGGCGGUGGACGGCUGCUUCAAGCAGGAGUUCGAGCAAAUUGUCCUCGGGAAGCGCGUGGUCCGGAACACGCACCUGGACGAUUGGCUGGUGCAGGAGCUGGUGCGGUGCUCCGCGGACCUGGGCGAGUUCCCCACCGUCGUGGGCAACACCAUGUGUACCCUGGACUUCUAUGAAGGGCAAGGCCGCCUGGACGGGGCACUCUGCUCCUACGCGGAGAAGGACAAGCAGGAGUACCUGCGGGCGGCCUACGAGGCCGGCAUCCGCAACAUCGAGAUGGAGUCGUCCGUAUUCGCCGCCAUGUGCAACGCCUGCGGCCUCCGAGCGGCCGUGGUGUGCGUCACGCUCCUCAACCGCCUGGAAGGUGACCAGAUCAGCAGUCCCCAUGAGGUGCUGGCCGAGUACCAGCAGCGGCCCCAGCGGCUGGUGGGCCACUUCAUCAAGAAGUGUCUCGCGGCAGCCUGAGGUCCCCACAUCUCCAGACAUGAGCGUUGGUGUUUGCAGCAAAUAAAAUCAUUGCCACAAUCUC